UUGACUUGUAGUGGCGGUUCAUGUGCGGAAUCACCUGAUGAAAUUUCUCCUAUAUAUUCAUUGUGGGCCACCUUUACAGGACUCUAUAUUGCAUAUUACGUUGUGGGAAGGUCAACAGGAUGGGCACUUACACACCCAGUGCCACAAAAAGAAUCUGAGAAGUUGAAGAAAAAGCAAAUGACGCCCGACUUUUUGGAUAUGGUCCCUUGGUACUCUGGGACAUCUGCUGAUUUAUUCAAGACAGUUUUUGACCUGAUGGUGUCAGUAACUGUCUUUGUCGGGCGUUUUGACAUGCGCAUGAUGCAGGCUGCAAUGAGCAGGGUUGAGGAUGCAAGUUCCAUUAAACAGGACGAUCUUUUUUACGAUCAGUUUAGUGAACAAGAUGAGCUUUGGUUUGAUUUCAUGGCGGACACUGGUGAUGGUGGUAAUUCUUCCUACAGUGUGGCAAGACUUUUAGCUCAACCUUGUAUUCGUGUCAGGAGUAAUAAUUCUCUGCUCACACUUCAGCGUGGUGGCCUGCUCCUUAUUGGGGGUGAUCUUGCGUAA